AAUGUCCUACAAAUAAAGCCCACAUUGUAGGAAGUUGAGCUUUUUCUCAACACAGCCAGGAAGAAUCAGUCUAUGCAUGUGAAUAAGCUCUAAAGCAAGGCAUUAUCUGGAUCGAAUAUGGAAUUAAAACACCUCAGUCUUCUCAUCAUACUGUGUUUAGGAGUCCAGUGGUCAUCAUCACAAAUUUUGCUGCGACACAAACGAAACUGGAUUAUAGCAGCAUUCACUAUCGAUGAAGGUUAUAAUGGAUCUUACCCCUAUUCAUUGGGCAAAAUUGAAGUUAAGAAAGGCUUAAGCAUUUUCAGUAUACAAGGUCAAGGUCUGGACGAGGAACCUCGGAAUACAUUAAAAAUCAAUGAAAAGACAGGAGAGAUUUUUGUUCUAAAACCUGUGGACCAUGAGACUUUCACAAUUUUGAAGUUGACCUUUCAGGCACUUGAUAAAAAACAAAAUGUAGUAGAAACACGUCUGGGCAUCACAAUUGACAUUUUAGAUGCUAACGACAAUGUUCCAAAGUUUGACCGUGACAUGUACGAGGUCACCAUAAAAGAAUCAACAGUACAAGGAACUAAUGUGGUAGAUGUUAAAGCAACCGACCUGGACAGCAGUACACACAACAAAAAAAUUAGCUAUCGUCUUGUCAGUUUCACACCUCAAGUACAAGACUUGAAGUUCUUCUUAAUGCAGAGAAAUGAUAUUGGAAAUAUUGCAUUUAAAGGAUGUCUGGACCAUGAGAAAGCAGACAAAUACACCCUUCUAGUGGAAGCUAAAGACCACGGGCAACCAAGUCUAUCCAGCACUUGCACUGUCAUAAUCAACAUAGAGGAUGGAAAUAACCACCUGCCUGUGAUCACAAAACAAACAGGUCUAGAAAGAGUGACUGAAGGGGAGGAAAAUGUUCUUGUUUCACGCCUCCAAGUCAAGGAUGAAGAUGUUAAAGGCACAGCGGCCUGGAGGGCAAAAUUCCACAUUCAAGGAGACACACACAAUAAUUUCAGAAUCACUACUGAUCCUGAGACAAAUGAAGGACUACUUUAUUUGGAAAAGCAACUAAACUAUGAGGAUGAUCCUGUGAAGAACAUCACAAUCUUCGUAGAGAAUGAGAUUCCCUAUUAUUCAUGCAAAGUGGUAGAACGCAAAACCACUGGUCUAUGGGAAACAAAGAUUAGUAGCACCACAAGUAUUGGCACUACACCUGGAAUUUCACAUUUAUCCAGUUAUAAUGUGUCACUUAUAGUGGAGGAUGUCAACGAGCCUCCAUUUUUUAAGGUAUCAAACAAACAUGUUUCUGUCCAUGAGAAUACCAAGGUGGGGACAUAUUUGGAGACAUUUAGUGCUACUGACCCUGACAACAAAGGUGCAAAUAUGGUCACAUACGUAAAAGGAGAGGAUCCAGCUGGAUGGAUUACAGUGGACUCCAAGACUGGAAAAGUAACUACAGUAAAGAUCAUCGACCGCGAAUCGUCCUUUGUUAAAGAUGGUGUCUAUGUAGUCACUAUACAUGCUGUCGACAAUGGUGAACCUCCACUGACAGGCACCACAACUCUCACCAUUGUAGUGAUAGAUGAGAAUGACAAUACUCCAUCCCUGGCUGUAAACAUAAUAGAUAUGUGCCAGUCUAAUAAACCCUCAUUGGCUAAAAUCACAGCUUUGGAUCUGGAUGGAGAACCAUACAGCGGACCAUUCAGGUUCAAGCUACUUGGAAAUGUUGGGGACAAGUGGAGAAUUGACCCUCAGCAAGGAUAUUCUGUGAACCUAGUGAAAGAAGUCAAAGUUUCUUCUGGAAUCUAUGACUUACUGUUAGAAGUGUCUGAUCUUCAAGAAAAGAAGGCUGUCCACAACCUGUCAGUAACUGUGUGCAGCUGCUUAAAUGCAACAAGUUCAAGCUGCACAGUGCGAAAACCUGUUGGAUCCACGGCAGGAGGAGGAGCAAUAGGAAUGAUUAUUUUAAGUAUAUUAAUGCUUGCAGGUUUCCUAUUUCUAGCUUUACUGCUAUCAUGUAGAAGAGCAAAGGUCCUGAUCCCAGAAGACGGUUGUACACAAGAUCUGAUGCCUGGUAAUAUAGAGAUGCUGGGAAAUGACUGUGAGAUUCCAUCUGUUCUCCUGGGCGAGGUGCUUCUCCCAAGACCAGACAACUGCAAGAAUGAGGAAUGGAUAACAACUAAAAAUAAAACUGUGAUGAUGACACCCGUACUAAUAACAGUUGAUAACAUCAAAUCACAUGCAGAAAUGUCUCAGUACUGCAGGCCAAUCCAACAAAGUCAAUAUGAAAUGAAAGAAUCAGAAAGGAUGAAAAAUUUCUCAAGAUUUGACUCACAAACAUACUUCCAAAGAAGGAGCAUCAGAGGAAACAGAUUUGCUCAUGAGAAUUCUGCAGCCAUGGAUUUGCUAACAAAACGUCACCUUUACCUGGAAAACGUUCUACAGAUGAAAAUUCAAACAAUGAUGACCUCACUCAAAGCACAAGACAAGGAACUUGCUGUUUAUGAUCCACAUGUGUAUGCUGAUGAGGGAGACUCAAAUCAUAGCUUUGAACUUGAUGCCAUCUCCAUUCCUGAAGUUUCCUUUGACCCAGACUUGGACUUUGACAUCAGGUUCAGUACUCUGGCCUCCAUCUGCAUGCCUGAUGACCUACAGUACAGUACAGAGACGGCAACAGUAAUCCACAGAUUGCGCUAAUGCGGUGUGCACCUACGCCACUGGGCUACCAAGUUGCGAGCAGGACUGCUUCUCUUGAAAAUUAUUUUUGGGUGUUGAGGAAACAUAUUUACUCAAGAGUUUCUACUACAAGCAAUGCUGGUGAAGGACACUGAAAGAAAGAAAUCCUUAAUUCUUUCCUACUGGAAACUGUGAUGGUGCGAUAGGAUCUUACUUUUUUUUCCAACCUGCCUUUUUCCCCUUUUUUUUAACUUCCCUUUGGGUUUUAAUUAACCAAAUUUUUGACCUAAUUUAUUGCACAGAAUAAGCCUAUGCUGUUGUUAUAUUUUAAAGACCAACAUGCUGUGUGCUCUUUACAAGUAAGACUUUCAUUUUUAAGUUUUUUUUUUUCUAGUUGUACUCUGUGAGUGUUUAAAAAAAAAGUCCGGGUGUGUCUUUCAAAGCAUUCCUAAGAUGGCAUGUUAAUUACCAUUAUCAGUUUGUUAAACCAGUAUUGUAUAGCUCCCUGGACAUUGUGUGUUUCUAGUGCUUUCUAGUAACAACUGUUGAUCUGUUGAUGUAAAAAGCAAUAAAACUAAAUUAAAGUUG